GCGUGGAGAGAAGGUGCACUGUUUGUGAAUGUGGACAGUUUGUACCUCACUUAACCUCACUGCAAAUGGUUAUUUUUAUUUAUUUAUUUGUAUUUUUUCAAUGCGUUGGUUUGGCUUCGGCUUUAAUGGAUUUGGACAGCUCAUUGCGCAUGUGCAGACCGCCACAGAGGACAAAACUGAUGCUGCAAACGAGAUUAAAGUCAUCUGCCCCACGUUAGUAAAUAAAAGUGUAAAGAAAUGCAUUUGUGGACUUAAAGCAUCAGCAGAAUUAAAGCAAAUCCGAGCAAGUUGGAGUAGAAGACUGUCUCUACUGGAGGAUGGCUGUGGUGUUUUCCUGGAUGGGUUCAAAGGAGUCAGCAGCAGCUCUAAUAAGUGCUGUGGUUUUGUAGAGCAGAGCCGUGGAUGCAAAGAUGCUGCAAACAGUGAAUCCCAGUUCACACUCGCUUUUCAGGACAGAAUUGAGGUGUGGGACUUUGAGAGGAGCGAGAAUGGUCCUGUGUGGAGCGUGGAUAUAAGACCUUCUGUAGAAACAUCUGACUCCCUUACGAAGCUGCCUUUAGUUCCAGAAGGCUACAUCGCCCUAAAGCCACCCUUCUAUCGACCGUUAUCCCCACAUCUCCAAGCCAAGAGCCUCGCCUUGGGACCGGAGCAUGUGAUUCUUCUGAGUGCCACUGGGGCGGUGUACACUUGGGGACAGGGCAGUCAUGGUCAGCUGGGCCAUGGCAGCCUUACUUCUGAGGAGGAGCCCAGGGCAGUGGAGGCUCUCUGGGGAGUGCCCAUGAAAGCUGUAUCUGCUGGAGGUUGGCACUGUUGUUGUAUUAGUGCUACGGCCGAUCUUUAUGUGUGGGGCUGGAAUGAGAUCGGACAACUCGGACUUCCUUCGCGGGGUGUGAGAAAAGCGCAGAAGCAGAACAGCCAUGACAGAGCUUUACAAUCACAAGAUCCUAACGUAAAACCAGGAGAUGAACCAACACAGACAGAGGACGACAAAGAGGUUUUCAUAUCUAUCCAGGCAUUUCCAGCUCUGCUCGACCUAAACCCCCAAUGUGAAAUAAAGGCUGUGAGUUGUGGCUCAAGACACACAGCUGCAGUAACAACUGAAGGAAACCUUUAUACUUGGGGUUGGGGAGAAUAUGGACAAUUAGGACACCAGAACGUUUUAAGUUCAGACGAGCCUCAGUGUGUUGAGUUUUUUAAAGAGCGGCAUCUGCAUGUUACUGACAUAGUCUGUGGAGCGUGGAACACCUUUGUAGCUGUGGUUAAACAGGAAGAAAUGCAGAAGUCCCCCUUAUGAUAAUAAACAAGGACUUUGAACGGCAUACAAGGAAGUAGUCUGUACGUCAGUAACGUGUGUGUCUGCAGGGUGUCUCUUGAAAUAACUUAAUACAUCAAUUUAAAAGAUGUGUGUUUAAUUUUUCAAUAGAAAUAUUUUACAGUACAAAAGUUAAAAUGCAUAAAGCAGCAUUAAGGGUAAAAGAUCCACAGGUUUGUAUAUAAUUUAAGACAGGUAUAUGAAAUCACUAAUAUAUAAUUGCUUUUCUCGCCAUUCAGUAGACGUUUUCACAGAACAAUCUUGAAAGAACUG